AAUAAGGAACACCGAGCAAGAUGGGCGUAACGUGGCUAUGGGUUAUGGCCGCGUGUGCUCUGGCAAGCGCAAAUGGGGAUCGCGGAGGGUCCUCGUUGCGCGGCGCACUCGAGGCGUUGCAACGACGGCAAAGAGGCAGAGUGCACAGCCCUCUUGUGACUCAAACUGAUUACGACGCAUUAUAUGAAUUCGUGCCACCACAGGGUUACCCAGAACUAGACUAUCCUGUGGAUAUAGAAGACAUCGAAGAGGAACCAAACCCUAAAUAUAUAAUAAAACUUUUAGAAGAUGAAGAAAGAUCACCUGAUACUUAUGAAUACAGGGUAAUUAAAAAGAAAAACUUAAGAUCAGCCUCUGAGAAAUCGAACAGUAAGAAAGAAUCGGCUUUUCGUGAGAGGAGUCAUCAUUCUGAUAAUGAACGUUUGCGGGAUCUUUUUGUAGCAAAGAAUGAAGAAGAAAAAAAAGAAAUUGAUGAUCGGGCACAAAACGAUGCAGAAUACGCUCUCCUAUUAGGACAACUUUGGUCGAAAUACAAAUAUAACAAAGUCCAUUCAAAUAAUUUAGAACAAGCACCACAGGGAGUAGUUAAAUUAUAUAAAGAAAAAGUUGUGAAGAAACGCUACCCAGAUAAUUGGGGACCCAUAGCUUUUAAAAGAAAGCGAAGUUCAGAUUCAGAUAUGGACCAUGAUAUUACACCUGAUUUUAAAGGAAGAAAACAUGGAGAUAUUCUAAAUGAUCCUACUUAUAACGCUUAUGAAGUUGCAGAUGACGAUAAAGAUGAUCUUCGUGAAGAAUAUGCUAUUGCUUUUCAACCUCUCGAUGAUGACACUGUUAAUGGUGAUGAAGAUCAAUAUGUUUACGAUACUGUUGAAAAAAGGUUCCCAGUUACCAAACGUAGUAGUGGGCCUUAUAAUUUUGGCACGCAGAAGAAAAGAUUUGUCUUAAAUCAAGAUAAAAAUGACAAAACUAAGUCGUUUAGGAGCAGUUCUGGGACAGAUCCAAGAAUCAUAAAAGAUUUAUCGAAAAUAUUUGGUGAUCCUGAUACGGAAGUAGUUAAAAACCCUGUCAAAAGGAGUAGUGAUAAUGUUGACAGUUCGCAUGAAAGUAAGCCACCAAAAUUAGCAACAAUUCAUCAUAAUCAUACUCAUGAACAUAGUAACUCUUCAAAGCAUGAUGAGAUAAGUAACGAGCACCAUGAACACAGUAUGCAUCACCCUAGAAUUUCUGGUAAAGAAGAAGAAAUUAUACAUUAUCGUGAUCACAAUGAGCAUGGUGAGAGUCACAAACCAAUUAAUAUCAAGAAAAAGUCCAUUGACUGGUCUGAUUACUUUGGUAUUGAUAAGCGUAACAAAAAUCAUCAAGUGUCGUUUAUAAAUGAUUUGACUCAAGAGAGACUCGGAAAACAAUAUUUUGAUACUUUUAACAAGGAAGUAAUUUACCCACUAAAUGGUUUCCGACAACAUAAUAACGUAAAACGAAAUUUCGUACAACCCAAAAUAAAUGAAGAGUCAGAAAUAAUCAAAGCUCGUGGAGCUUCAUUAGCCGACGACAAACGGAAUACUGCAUCAGAGAACGACGCAAAACUGGACAACAUUGAUAGAAAGUUGAAAACAAUGGAAGGCUUGAUUGUUGAUGAAGCUUUACAUUAUUCAGAGGUGGGCGAGGAGCUAGAUUCUAAGGAAGAACAAGCAAUGAAAGAAAAGCUACUCUCCGAGUUGGCUGCUGCGUAUAGUUUAGAAAAAAUGAGAAAAGCUCUUAAAGAGUUCCAACAGAGUCUCCAAGCACAAAAAGCAGAAUCAUUACACCGCUCUUCUUCACCUAUGCCAAAUGAUGAAGCUAAGUCUAAAAGAGUGGCAGUCAAAAAGGAAAAGGUAGAAAUAAAUGAUAUUCCUAUUUUUGACAAAGCUGUCGAGCGCAAUGAAGAUUUCGAAGAUGAACAGGGCGCGGGACAUUAUUUGAAUGGGAAAGUUGAAGAACAGUUUUCCGAAGGAUACAUGGGUGGAAGUGGAAGACACCGUAGUCCUGUCAUCUCCACAGCUAGAGCUACUGGAUCAUGCCCUGUCUUAGGAAAAAUAAUACAACGAUGCCAAGGAGUUGAUUUUCUUGCUGGAGACCGUGGCCAACUCUUUUUACCCCUCUGCAGCUUGCAUCAAAUCUGCUAUCUCUGUGGUGAAGCUCCUCCGACAACUUGCGAUCUAGUGUUCUUAUCUGAGGCUGACACCGCUUGCGAAGGUGACAUGGGCUGUCAGAGAGCUGCCAGAUCUGCAUUAAUGGCACUGCGUGAACUCCACGACAGUUUGGCUGAUGAGCUCGAUGGUGAAUGUGAGGCCAGUCCAUGUCUUCCAGCCACUUUGAAGCUCAACCUGGGUUGGCAACGAGCACUCCAACGAUAGAUUCAAACACUACAGGGACAGUAUGCGCGAUAUCGAAACCAUAAUUUUAUUGCCAUUUAGAUGUAGGAAAUUUUGGAAUAGUCUAUAUAUUUUUUAUGUUUAAGUAAUCGACAUCCAUUGCUAUGAUAAAUUUCUGUCAUCAUAAGAAAACCAAUUUGGAAUGGUACUAAAAUUAGGUGCGGUUUUCGCGAAUAUAGCCCUAGAAUACAAACCUAUUCGUGUUGCCCCAAGAUGUGCACGGUCUAGUUGUAAACUAGCCAGUGCAUGGUACGAGGGUUAUACUCGUUAGCUGAACAGUACUGGCGAUUACGUUCAAAAUGGAAUAAUAUUUCACCGAUAGUAUAAGUAAAAAAGUGCACGGGUAUUCGUACGAGUCUAACCAGCCAUAGACACGUAUGAAUACAGAGAAUUAUUCACUUUUGUCAACCAUCUCAAUAGGCUUACUGACGUCUUUUGUAUCGCUAAUUGCUACGCUUUCAUUGUUAAAUGUCAUUUGAUAAUAUAUUGUAUUAAACGUUGUACGAACAUUUUGCUAGAUAUUUUUGCUGUUUCAACUUUCAGGUAUAUUAGGACUCGGAACAGGACUAGGUAUUGAUGAUAUUAAUGAAAUGUCUAUUGUUUAUCGAUGUACCGUGAUGGUAAUUUUAUUACUGUUAAGUAUUUUACUUACCUACAUAAGAGUGUCGAUGUAAGUAUUGGAUUUAAUAAUAAAAAUGUGUAAUAAAUGUGUUUUAAAUUUUAAUACAUGAAUAUUAUAAUAUAGUUAAAUAAAUGGGAUAUACCUAUAUCAUGUAAAACGAUUAUAAAAUUCAAAAUAUAAAUUCAUAUUUAAAGUAACUGUAAUCAUUUAUUCGUUAGAAUAUUAAUGUCUAUAUUUUCUUAUUCUUUUAAGAUAUUAAAUAAGAAUGAGAUUUAAAAAAAAACAUGAAGCGUUUGAUCGGGUCUGAUUUCUGAGACUGUUGUUUGGUCCACACAAAACAAAUCAUGCCUUUUAUCUAGAACAAAUGCGACUUAGCACUAGUUCUGCACUUUAGACUUUACUAGACAAUAAAAUAGGUACUGUUUUGUUUACACUCGACCACUGUUCUGGUCGCGCGGUGUACCUUUUAUAAGAGCACAAAAUUGCUCUCGUGUCUUCCGGACCAUUGUCUCACAGUUUCGUGAAUUGGAUUCUAUGACAUCUCCCCAAUCGAAAGUUUACAAUAUCGUUUAAUCUCUAUAUUUAUCUUUAAUAUUAGAGAUCUUGAAAGAUUGUAGUAUAAAUUUAAAUGGAUGUAAUUUAUUAUCAAUGCUACGUCGGCGUUAUUGCCAAUCAUUUUAACAACAUGAAUGUUAUCACUUUAUUCGUAAAAUGUUCAAGUAUUAACACACGAAUAUAAAUGGUUUUCAAUA